GACUGGGUCAAGAGUCGUAUCUGCGCACUGUCGCGGUCUCCGACCACAUGCGCGCAGACAACCGCAUGUUCUAGCGGAAGAGCCGCCCGAGUCCACAUUGUGAUUGAUCGCUGUCUCGUGGCCGGCUUUUGGGGAUGUGGUGUUUCUGCGAUAACGGUUUCGGAAGAAACUGUGCAGCGAUCGUCCUUGCGGCACGUAUCAGUUUCACCAGAUAUGUAAAUCUCGGGUUUCCCAUUUCUUGGCAUGCAGUUCUGACGGGGGCUGCGGAGCCGUUUUGCAUAAUGUUGCAAAGAGAGGUUUGAACCUUGGCCAUAAUCCGGCAAGUCAUCUAUCGAAGACGAUCUGCCACGCACUGCAGCCAGCCAGUCUUCAGUAUGCUGUUGUGGAGGAAUCGAUUUAGGUUUCUGUGUUUCGUUUUUCUUGCCAUUCCUACCCCCAGAAUCCCCAUGAUGAAAAAUCGUGAAACCGUUUCUGCAUCUGGCAACAAUAGUGCAGAGUUUUCUGCACACUACUGCAGUACUUGGUGGUAUGCAAGGUACGCAAGGUACGGUCGACGCGAAAAAGGCAAGGAAUCCGGCCGCGGUACCUUCGCUGGGAGGAUACAAUCCAGGGCAACCUGGAGGGUUUUCCAACGGGGUGGGAGCCGGAGUAGCUUGCAUGAUAGAGGCAAAUUGAUGAUUGGUUAAAUCAUGGGCUGCUGGGGUUGGAGAGACAUGGUUUAGUAAGACGGAAAGCUUCCAACGAGGCCGUGACGAUAGUACCAUGAACAAGCUGGCUCUUUCUGGAGAGUGGGGCCGAAGAAAU